AGCUGCACGGCUCAUUACUUUUUGGAGCCGUCACCGUCUGCGAGUCGCCGCCAUUUGCCUGGCGCGAUGCCUCCACGCAAGGCCCUUCUGCAAUUGGCGCGCGACCGCCUGGAGAAUUUCUAUGCCCGCAAGGAUCAGCUCGAGGAUCCCAAGGUGACCGAUGGGGUUACCUUCCGCUUGUCCAAGGAGGACAAGAGCUGCGGCGGGGAUCUGGUGCCCCUCACUUUCAUGGAGUUCGAGGUGGAAAACGCCCGGCCCGUGGACGUGUUCAACGUCCUGAUGGCAGCUGAGAAUCAGACUCAGUGGGACACGGCGCCGAGCGAAAUGAGACUGCUGGGAAACUGGACGAAGUACCAGGCGCGGGGCGUGGUGGGCUUCUUCGAGGCGAAACCUUUGUCCACCCGGGAGAUCUACGAGUGGCAGGUGGCGAGUGCCAACUUCACCUCUGAGGAGUUCUGGGUGGUGUAUUCCACUCUGGAGAACGACCCUUUAAGGAGUGCAGAGGCACUGCGCGCGGGUUCUACGGAGAUGCAGAACUGUCUUUGCGCAUACCGGAUCACCGCGACAGCGAAGGGGGUCCACGUGCUCAACACCCAGCAGAUCAAUGAGCACCCCUGGCCCCUCAGCGCGCGAACCGUGGCCAACGCGGGCUGGCAGACCUCCGCGGGUUUUGGCUCGCACCUGCGGAGCCAGGGCCAGAAGCAGGCACUCAAAGGCUGGGCCAGCAAUGAAACGGUGGCGCCCGAGUGGAUGCUGAAGGACGAGGAUGACUGCAAGCUGCAGCUGCCGGACCUGAGCUUACGGGACACGCUGCUGGAGAAAGCCGCGACCCGCUUGACAGGUGCUCCAGGCGACUGGGACAACCCCAAGCGGGUGGAGAAACUCGCAGAUGGGCAGGCAAUGAGCAUUUGGCAGCAGAGUGCCCCGUGCGGGAGCAGCCAGGCGCCCCUCUUCCGCGCGGAGUUUGAGGUGAAGGGUGCAGGCCCACAAGAGGUCUUCCAUGCGAUUGCGGCCAAACUCCAGGAGGCGCGCUGGAAUCCUUCGCUGCGGAAGCUGAACCUCACCGGCUUCCACCGGGGGGUGCGGGGCAUCCACGAGGAGUUUGCCACCACCAAGAUCCUGGGCCUUGAGUUGACACCUCGGGAGCUCUUCGAAUGGCAGGCGGCGAGCCACAAUGCGAGCCUUGAGCGAUACCUCGUGGCCGUGGAGUCGGAUGAGGAUCCGCAGGUGCCAUCCUUCGAUCAGUCGGUCGUGGCCAGACAGUGCCUGGCCGCCUAUGAGGUGGUGCCUGGCACAGCAGAUGGGAAGCUGGCGACGCGCGUGCGCAUGGCGCAGCACCUCAACCCCAAUGCGGGGCUGGUGAGCCACUUCGAGUUCCUCUGGGAGAAGACGGCCAUCGCCAUGCUCGGCACCUGGGCCUCCGAGGUCAGCGAAGAGGCCCGGGACCUUGUGGCAGAGCGGCACUGCGGCAAAGACAGCUGCGCCAUGCCGGGCUUCGACUUUGAGCUCCUGGAGCUGCUGGCGCCCCCGCCGCUGCAGAGGAAUGAAUCCCUGACGAUGGCUGAUGUGCUGGCGCGAGCGCCCAAGACCUUGCGGGGCCGGCGCCUGGGCCAGGGCGCGACCGCCUGGCAGCGGGAGUUCGCUCGCCUCAGUCUGCCCCACGCGCUGAAUACCACCGACCUGGCGACCACCGCGCACGAGGCGAUGGAUCUCUUUCAGCUGCUGCAGCACAACGCGACAGAGGAGGAGCGCCGGCCCUUCGCGCGGCGCGCAUCUGAUGCCAUGGACCUCCAGAGCCAAGGGGAGGCGUUGGCAUCGCUGCAGUGGAGAGUUUUGGAGGCCAUCACCCUGGAGGACUGCAACGCCAGUCUCCCCGACAUCAACGGGAACACGGGCAACCACGCGCCUCCCCUGGUUCUCCUCAUUGGAAUCGCAGUAGCAGUUCUGGCGUUGCUGGCAGGGCUCACCAGCUGCUGCUGCAUCAAGUUUUUUCGCAUGCGUCGCAAUAGGCAGGCGCGGCAGGCCGCCAGCUUGCUCCUGAGCGCGGCCUCCAGCUGCGCCCACUCCGAGAGGCACCCAGCAGCCUCGGAGGCAAGCACGGCAGCCUCCAACUUCCGCGGGGGGAUUCAGUGAGAGGCUGUGCCUCCCUUUCCGCGACCAAUGCAGAUCCCACGUCGCCCAAAGGGGCGCUGGGCAGGUCAUUAUGCGACGGGCGUGGCCGCAAAUUCAAACUCCGCGGAGUUGUUUGCCCAAUUGGAC